UGGGGAAAAACUGAACUGCAUAUGUUCAUCUGGCUUAGAUGAGCUCCGUAUAGAACUCAUUUAUUUAGGGAGAAUCUAUUACAAUCUAUAAUUCAAUCUUUAUUCUGUAAAUCCAUGUUUGCCAUUUGUAUGCCUGGUUUCACAGACAAGGCUUUAAAAAGCCUAGUCCCAGACAAAAAAUGCAUGUUUGAGCUGUCUUAAGUGAAAGCAACAUGCACUGACAUAUCUUAAAAUAUGUCAGUGCCACUGAUUUGUAUCAAAAUGUACACUAGUAUUGUUUUUUUAUAAGGCACAUUUAAAACAAACAAACAAACCCUACUUAAAUGCCCUAAUUUAACUAAGGACUAAUACUGGCUUAAUCUAAGCCCUGUCUGUGAAACCAGGCCUUAGUGUUUUUUAGUCACUUUAAAAUAGUCUGUAUUUACUGUUAGGGGCAUAUGUAGGCAUGGGGACAAGGGCACGGGUGCCUGCUCCAGAAAAAUCAAUCAAUAAAUAAUUAUUUACCUUAAUAAGCAUGGCACGUCAAUGUCUCAGUGCACCCGGAGAAGUUCUCUCUCACUCAGACAUAUAGGCCUAUGUGGAGGGGGUAAGGAUAAAAGUAGCCUAAUGUGUUUAGCCUAUAUAACUACACACAUAACAAACCCAUCAUUUUAGGUAAGGACCAGAUAGGGCCACUGUUUACUGUGCAAGACCCAGCCUAAACACCUGGUGGCAGCAAACCACAAAAAUCUGACAUUGUUUACCGUGGUUAAAUACCUUUUAAAACACUUAUUUAGAAGAUUUAGAAGACAAAUGUCUUCAGUUGCAAACCAUAUGUAGAUAUACAUACAUAUGUAGAUCUGCACAGUUGUGACAUUUUGAUGGACGAAUCAAUGGAUGCUGCUCUCACGGAGGAAUCCCCGCUUAGCGAAUCGGUUCGACCGAAUCAUUUAAAAGAAUCAUUCCAAAAGAACAACUCGCGAAUCAGUCAUCACGAGUCCACAGGCGCUCAGCGGCGUCUUCAUGAGGAGAACAGGAGCAUCUUUACUAACUUCUGCAACAGUUUAUCAAACAUUUCCUCUCAGGCUUGUUUCUACGACUAUUAGACUGCACUGCUUGGAACCGUAAACACACUUGAGGAUUAAAAACAACCGACACAAGAAGAAUAUUCAGCGCUUUUACAGAGACUCAGAUAUGAGGAUGAAGUUAUUAUACACAGUUUUUCUCCUGCUGAAUUUCUUUGCAUUGUACGACUGUAAUGAUGCAGCGCAGGGUUGUAUGGAUAAGCACCGAGUGAUGGGGAUGCUGCGUCAGAUGGAGAAGUUUCUUAAAGGACAGGAGAUCCGGUUCACAGAGGGGCUUCGGAUUAUGAAGUCCAAGCUCACCAACCUUCAAAACUCACUGUCCAAGCUCCCACAAGCAGACCAGUCCUCGUCCCAAUCCUCAUGUCCACCUCUGGUGGCUCCGGCCCACGGGAGGAAGUUUGGCUCAAAGUACCUGGUGGGUCAUGAGGUCCAUUUCACGUGUUCUCAGGGUCAUCGCAUGAUAGGAUCAGGAACACGCGUGUGCCUGGAGAACGGUACCUGGAGCGGAGUCAGCGUAGUCUGUAAAGAUGUGAGUGUGUGCGCCAGUAACCCGUGUCAGAACGGCGGCACCUGUGUGGAGGCGCUGAACCAGUACAAGUGCACCUGUCCACACAACUGGAGCGGCAGUCAAUGUCAAUACCAGACGCAGACAGCGCCUCCGGAGUGGAGCGUCAUGAAUGACCCGGCCUUCAGCCGUAAGCCUCGCUGUGCCAAAGUGGACCGAGCUCAGCACUGCAGCUGUGACGCUGGCUUCCACAUGAGCGGCACCUCAGACAACAGCAUCUGUCAGGAUGUGAAUGAAUGUGAGGUGUAUAAGGCUGACCGUGGAGGGCCUCUGUGUGGCCACGCCUGUGUAAACGUCCCGGGAUCGUACCACUGCUCCUGUCCCACCGGAUACAAGCUGCUCGCUGAUGGAAGAAGCUGUGAGGAUGUGGAUGAAUGUCUUACACAACAGCACAACUGCAGCCGUGGCACCACCUGUAUCAACACCGGAGGAGGUUUCCAGUGCGUUAACCCCGAGUGUCCGCGCUCGCUCGGCAACGUCAGCUACGUUAAGACAUCACCUUUCCAGUGUGAAAGGAAUCCCUGUCCCAUGGAGAGCCGUUCCUGUCCGUUUGCUGCAAAGACCAUUUCUUACCACUACCUGUCUCUGCCGUCCAACCUGCGCACCCCGGCCACGCUGUUCCGCAUGGCCACCGCGACGGCUCCGGGUCGGCCGGGUCCAGACAGCCUUCGCUUUGGCAUCGCAGGCGGAGGUGAAGCCCGCAGCAUGUUCGUGAUGCAGCGCUCUGACCGUCAGACCGGAGAGCUGAUCCUGGUCCAGCCGCUGCGAGGCCCGCUGGAGCUCAGCGUGGAGGUGGAGAUGUCCGAAUACGCCGACCGCACCUUCCAAGCCAAACAUCUGGCGCGGGUCCACCUUCUGAUUUCACCCUACGAGUUCUGAAGAGGCUGGUCGCUGUCUAAAUUGAGUGUUGAUGUUUAGACAUGAAGAGGAAAGAAUGUUUUCCUUAUUGCUAAAGCUGAAUGAUAGAGUUGUUCUCAGACGUGGCUCGAUUUUGAAGCAGGAAUAGCACAAAACUGUAAGAUAUGGAAAAUGUGGAAGUAAAAUAAUGAUUUUUAAGGCAAUAACUCUUAAAAAAAAAAAAAACAUUUGUGGUUAAAGGUGAAGUGUGUCAUUUUUUCUGUGUUAAAAUACUUUCUCUUUAUGCUGUUCUGUGCAGGAUAUCUGUUUCUAAAAUCAAAUUUAAAACUUUUAAAGACAUUUUUAAGAGUUGCAGAAAUUAAAUGAAUGCUGAAUGUCCAAACAGAACAAACCUUGGAUUCUUUUACUAAUUAAAGCUCUCACUUUUAUUUAAUUAAAUCAUAUCUAUUUAAACUUUAAUAAUCACAUUAUUCUAUUUUAUGUCUUCUUUUUCCAUCCACAAAUUUAAGACAUUUUAAAAUGAUAAUUAAGACUUUUGUUAUAUCAUUUAAAGGGAUAGU